AAAUGAGGUGUCUCGGCUUAUAUUUGGGUCGGCUUAUACUCAAGUAUAUACAGUAAUUUUAUUGGUACAGUAGAGUCUCACUUAUCCAAGCUAAACGGGCCAGCAGAAGCUUGGAUAAGUGAAUAUCUUGGAUAAUAUGGAGGGAUUAAGGAAAAGCCUAUUAAACAUCAAAUUAGGUUAUGAUUUUACAAAUUAAGCACCAAAACAUCAUGUUAUACAACAAAUUUGACAGAAAAAGUAGUUCAAUACACAGUAAUAUUAUGUUGUAAUUACUGUAUUUACGAAUUUCGCACCAAAAUAUCACGAUAUAUUGAAAAUAUUGACUACAAAAAUGGCUUGGGUUAUCCAGAAGCUUGGAUAAGCGAGGCUUGGAUAAGUGAGACUCUACUGUAUCUAUUUUUAUUUCUGAAAUUUCCUACCCUCGGCUUAUACUGGAGUCAAUGUUUUCCCAGUUUUUUUGUGGUAAAAUGAGGUGUCUCGGCUUAUAUUCAGGUCGGCUUAUACUCAAGUAUAUACGGUAUAUAUAGAUAUUUUUUCUUCUUCUCUCCCUAUCCUUUCUCAAAUCAUCACCUCAUGACACUUGCCAUAUAAAGAGAUAUUCCCUUUUCUUUUCUUUUCUCUCUCUCCUUUUUUAUUAUUGUAUUUCAUGUUUGUAUCUAUGCCUAUCACAAUUUUUAAAAACUACCAAUAAAAAUUUAAAAAAUAAAAAAUAAUAAUCUUGACCAUAUUGACCACACCAUGUUGCAUGCCCAAGGUGAAGGACACUUUGGGUGUCUUUGAUGCUCACCAUGCUCUUCGUUCUGUCACCCAUCCCUCACCUUUCCUGGCUCUUUGUCUCUCCUUUGCAGGGAAAGAAGAGUUUGUGGCGACGUUCAAGGGGAACGAAUUCUUCUGCUACGACCUGUCCCACAACCCCAUCCAAAGCAGCACCGACGAAAUCACCCUCUCCUUCCGCACCUUGCAGCGCAACGGCUUGAUGCUCCACACGGGCAAGUCGGCCGACUAUGUCAACCUCUCGCUGAAGAGCGGCGCCGUCUGGCUGGUCAUCAACUUGGGCUCGGGGGCCUUCGAGGCGCUGGUGGAACCCGUCAAUGGCAAGUUUAAUGAUAACAACUGGCACGACAUCCGUGUGACCAGAAACCUGCGCCAGCACGCAGGAAUUGGACACGCUAUGGUAAACAAACUGCAUUACCUGGUAGAUAUCAGUCUAAUUGUCUAAUCAUUUCGUUUGCCGUGGGUUUUACCUCUUCCCUUUCCCUCCUCAGUUUUUUUUAAAAAUAAUCAAUAAUUGGGCUUUUUAAAAUUACUGCCUUUGAGGGAGUCGGAUUAAAACACACUGCUGCACCCUAACCCUAACCCAAGCCACAAAUGCAAAGAUAAUAAUGAACUAGUGAAAUAGAGCUACAUAUACUGUAUAAGCCAACUCUAAUAUAAGCCGAGGCACCUAAUUUUACCACAAGAAAACUGGGAAAACAUUGACUCCAGUAUAAGCCGAGAUACCAAUAAAAUUACUGUAUAUACUCGAGUAUAAGCCAACCCGAAUAUAAGCCGAGGCACCUAAUUUUACCACAAGAAAACUGGGAAAACAUUGUCUCGAGUAUAAGCCGAGAUACCAAUAAAAUUACUGUAUAUACUCAAGUAUAAGCUGACCCGAAUAUAAGCCGAGGCACCUAAUUUUACCACAAGAAAACUGGGAAAAUGUUGACUCCAGUAUAAGCCGAGAUACCAAUAAAAUUACCGUAUAUACUUGAGUAUAAGCCAACCCAAAUUUAGGCCAAGGCACCUAAUUUUACCACAAGAAAACUGGGAAAACAUUGACUCCAGUAUAAACCGAGAUACCAAUAAAAUUACCGUAUAUACUUGAGUAUAAGCCAACCCAAAUUUAGGCCGAGGCACCUAAUUUUACCACAAGAAAACUGGGAAAACAUUGACUCCAGUAUAAACCGAGAUACCAAUAAAAUUACCGUAUAUACUCGAGUAUAAGCUGACCCGAAUAUAAGCCGAGGCACCGAAUUUUACCACAAAAAGCCUGGGAAAACAUUGACUCCAGUAUAAGUCGAGAGCGGUACAUUUCAGAAAUAAAAAUAGAUACUGAUAAAAUUACAUUAAUUGAGGUAUCGGUAGGUUAAAUGUUUUUGAAUAUUUACAUAAAACUCUAAUUUAAGAUAAGACUUUCCGACUCUUGAUUAAAUCAUUAUUCUCAUCUUCCAAGCCACUGUGGACUAUUGGGCUUGGAUUUGGAUUUAUUUAUUUAUAGUAUUUAUAUUCUGCCCUUCUCACCCCGAAGAGGACUCAGGGCGGAUCACAUUGUACACAUAUAAGGCAAACAUUCAAUGCCAUAUAAACAUAGAACAGAGACAGAGACAGACACAGAGGCAAUUUAAACCUUCUCCAGCUUCCUGAGGGUAUGCUUGAUUCCGGCCACAGGGGGAGCAGCUGCUUCAUCAUCGAACGGCAGCUGGGUGAUUUUUAUGGUGUCAUAAAUUAGCCUCCCCACAUAUAAGUGGUACCUAAAUUUCCUAUUUGAUAGCUGCAACUAUCUUUCGGGUUGCUUAGGUCAACAACGAGCA